AGGAGAGAGCCCGCGGGCGGGCAGGCGGGCGGCGGGAGGUGUUCGGGCGGAGGCGGCGGCGGCGGCGGCGGUGGGUCUCAGAGCAGCGACGCAGCGCGCCGUCGGCUCCGACAGGCCGGCCAGGCUCCGCAGCCCGCCGCAGCCGCCGCCUCGCCGCUGAGGGCCCAAGAGUGCGGCGGCGGCGCGCGGCCUGUGAGGGCGGCCGGAGCGGCGGGCGCGGCGCCGAGCGUCCUGUCAGGCGGCGGAGGGCGUCGCGGACCCGCGUCGCGAUGAUGCCGAUGAUAUUAACCGUGUUCUUGAGCAACAAUGAACAGAUUUUAACAGAAGUUCCUAUAACACCAGAAACAACAUGUCGAGAUGUUGUGGAAUUUUGCAAGGAACCUGGAGAAGGCGGUUGCCAUUUAGCUGAAGUGUGGAGGGGAAAUGAGCGUCCCAUACCCUUCGAUCAUAUGAUGUAUGAACACCUGCAGAAGUGGGGGCCACGGAGGGAAGAAGUGAAAUUCUUUCUUCGACAUGAGGAUUCCCCAACUGAGAGCAGUGAACAAGGUGGCCGUCAGACCCAAGAGCAAAGGACCCAGAGAAAUAUAAUAAAUGUACCUGGGGAAAAACGUGCUGAAAAUGGGGUUGGGCAUCCACGUGUCGAACUGACCCUCUCAGAGCUCCAGGAUAUGGCAGCCAGGCAGCAGCAGCAGAUUGAAAAUCAACAGCAGAUGUUGGUUGCCAAGGAGCAGCGUCUGCAUUUCCUGAAGCAGCAGGAGCGGCAUCAGCAGCAGUCUGUUUCUGAAAGUGAGAAGCUCCAGAAGCUAAAGGAGCGCGUGGAAGCCCAGGAGAAUAAGCUGAAGAAAAUCCGUGCCAUGAGAGGACAAGUGGACUACAGCAAAAUCAUGAAUGGCAGCCUGUCUGCUGAGAUAGAGAGGUUCAGCGCCAUGUUCCAGGAGAAGAAGCAGGAAGUGCAGACGGCGAUUCUGAGAGUUGACCAGCUCAGCCAGCAGCUGGAAGACCUGAAGAAGGGGAAGCUGAACGGGUUCCAGCCCUACAAUGGCAAGCUGGCGGGGCCGGCUGCUGUGGAGUUAAAGAGACUAUACCAGGAGCUGCAGAUUCGUAACCAACUUAACCAGGAACAGAAUUCAAAACUGCAGCAGCAGAAGGAACUUUUAAAUAAGCGGAACAUGGAGGUGGCCAUGAUGGACAAGCGCAUCAGCGAGCUGCGCGAGCGUCUCUACGGCAAGAAAAUCCAGCUGAGCCGUGUGAACGGCACAUCAUCGCCGCAGUCUCCGCUGAGCGCCCCCGGCAGGGUUGCCGCAGUAGGGCCUUACAUCCAGGUCCCCAGCGCUGGCAGCUACUCAGCCCCAGGGGACCCCGUAAAGCCCCAGUCUCUCACUGGGGCCACCCACGGAAGGUCCAAACCUGCGAGCGACGGAAACUGGCCAGCGCUGAAACAAAGCGUCAGCCCUGCUGCGAGAGUGACGCAGACCACCGGUGUGGGCCGGACGGACUCCAGCACAGAGGGCACGCUCCAACAGGGGACCGUCUCUAGCCAGCCUGUGCCCUUGUCAGCUCUGGGAGCCCCGGAGAAGCUGGGUCUCGAGAUGGGUAAAAUGCCGCCCCCACCUCCUGGUGUCAGCAAGCCACUGCCUCCAAGCUACGGGACGUACCCGAGUCCCACCCCCAUGGGUCCAGGGUCAACAAACUCCUUGGAAAGGAGGAAGGAGAGCAGCUUGCCCAGGCCCAGCGCAGGCCUACCCGCUCGGCAGAAACCUGGCCCACUGCCCGCCGUGGGCAGCACCCACCAGCUGGGCUCCUCCCAGCAGAUUCAGCAGAGGAUUUCUGUGCCUCCAAGCCCCACGUACCCACCAGCGGGGCCACCCGCAUUUCCGGCCGGAGAUGGCAAACCUGAACUCCCGCUGACUGUGGCCAUUAGGCCCUUUCUGGCUGAUAAAGGGUCAAGGCCACAGUCCCCCAGGAAAGGACCCCAGACAGUGAAUUCAAGUUCCAUAUACUCUGUGUACCUCCAGCAAGCCACACCGCCUAAGAAUUACCAGCCAGCCGCGCACAGCGCCGUAAAUAAGUCAGUUAAAGCAGUGUACGGAAAGCCCGUCUUACCGUCUGGCUCCACGUCCCCGUCCCCGCUGCCGUUUCUUCAUGGUUCUCUUACCACAAGCUCAUCACAGCCCCAGCCGCCCGCAGAAAGUGCUGAGAAGGAGCCUGAGCAGGACAGCCCGGCGCCCCCUGGGGAUGGCACCGCGGGCACCAUGGAGAGCCUGCCCCGUCCGCUCAGUCCCACCAAGCUCACGCCCAUUGUGCACUCCCCCCUGCGCUACCAGAGUGACGCCGACCUGGAGGCUCUGCGCAGGAAGCUGGCCAACGCGCCCCGGCCCCUGAAGAAGCGCAGCUCCAUCACGGAGCCCGAGGGCCCCAGUGGGCCCAACAUCCAGAAGCUGCUCUACCAGCGCUUCAACACCCUGGCCGGUGGCAUGGAGGGCACCCCCUUCUACCAGCCCAGCCCCUCACAGGACUUCACGGGCACGCUGGCCGACGUGGACAAUGGGAAUACCAGCGCCAACGGGAACCUGGGAGAAGCCAGCCCCGCCCAGCCCACGGUCCCCCUCCCCAUUGAGUCUGCUCCCGCUUCAGAUGCCAACGACAACCAGCUCCCGUCCCCUGAGCCAGAGGGGCUCACCUGUCCCCAGACCACCCGCCAAACAGCCGAGCCUGCCGAGGACGACAACAACAACGUGGCCACAGCCCCUUCCACGGAGCAGGUCCCCAGCCCUGGGCCGGAGACCCCAUCCCCAGGGGAAGAGCAAGUCCCUCCUUCACUUCCCCCUGUCGUGCCCCGGCCGGCCGCUUCUACGAGCAAACGGACCAACCUGAAGAAGCCUAACUCAGAGCGCACAGGCCGGGGGCUGCGUGUCCGCUUCAGCCCACUGGCGCUGCUCCUGGACGCCUCCCUGGAAGGAGAGUUCGACUUGGUGCAGAGGAUCAUCUACGAGGUGGAAGACCCCAGCAAGCCCAAUGACGAAGGGAUCACCCCCCUGCACAAUGCCGUUUGCGCUGGCCACCACCACAUCGUGAGGUUCCUGCUGGACUUCGGUGUCAACGUGAACGCCGCGGACAGUGAUGGCUGGACACCGCUGCACUGCGCCGCCUCCUGCAACAGUGUCCACCUCUGCAAACAGCUGGUAGAGAGCGGUGCUGCCAUCUUUGCCUCGACCAUCAGCGACAUUGAGACUGCCGCGGACAAAUGCGAGGAGAUGGAGGAGGGCUACAUCCAGUGUUCCCAGUUCCUGUACGGGGUGCAGGAGAAGCUGGGCGUGAUGAACAAGGGCGUGGUGUAUGCUCUCUGGGACUACGAGGCCCAGAACAGUGACGAGCUGUCCUUCCACGAAGGAGACGCCAUCACCAUCCUGAGGCGCAAGGACGAAAAUGAAACCGAGUGGUGGUGGGCUCGGCUGGGGGACCGAGAGGGUUACGUGCCCAAAAACCUGCUGGGGCUAUAUCCACGGAUCAAACCCCGACAGCGAACGCUCGCCUGAGCCUCCCGUUGGCGCACCGCAGGGCCGGCCGUUGCAGAGGAGCCACUGCCGGGGAGGCAGGGGCUGCAGGGGCUCCCGUGGUGUUCAUGGCAGCAGACGGCCCCACACUGUGAAGCCCUGCAGGCUCUAGAUGAGGCUGGGUCUGCACGGUCACUUCCAAGGACCGAAUUUCUCCAGUUACUGUAAAUCCAAAUAAAUGCCCAGCUUUCUAAA